GGCGAACGGGCUUCAGACGCUUCGGGGUUGCGGUGGGAAAGCUCAUAAGUACCUGUGUGUGAGCGUGAGAGCGGAGCGUCAGAGCUACCCGGCGAAGGAUGGCGGUGACCGGGACCGCGGCCACGGGCAGGCUCCUGGUCCUGCUGCUGCUCGGGCUUACGGUACCCGCCGCGGCACUGGCCGGCUACAUCGAGGCUCUUGCAGCCAAUGCUGGAACAGGAUUUGCUGUUGCUGAGCCUCAGAUUGCAAUGUUUUGUGGAAAGUUAAAUAUGCAUGUAAACAUUCAGACUGGGAAAUGGGAACCUGACCCAACAGGCACUAAGAGCUGCUUUGGAACAAAAGAAGAAGUUCUUCAGUACUGUCAGGAGAUGUAUCCAGAACUACAGAUCAAUAAUGUGAUGGAAGCCAACCAACCAGUCAGUGUGGACAAUUGGUGCUGGAGGGACAAAAAGCAGUGCAAGAGCCACAUUGUGAUUCCUUUCAAGUGUCUUGUGGGUGAAUUUGUAAGUGACGUUCUGCUAGUUCCAGAAAAGUGCCAGUUUUUCCACAAGGAGCGGAUGGAGGUGUGCGAGAAUCACCAGCAUUGGCACACUGUAGUCAAAGAGGCCUGUCUGACUCAGGGAAUGACCUUAUAUAGCUACGGCAUGCUGCUCCCCUGUGGAGUAGAUCAGUUCCAUGGCACCGAAUAUGUGUGCUGCCCGCAGACAAAGAUCCUUGAAUCUACUGUGUCAAAAGAAGAGGAGGAAGAUGAGGAGGAGGAAGAUGAGGAGGAGGAAGAGGAAGACUAUGAUAUUUAUAAAAGUGAGUUUCCUACCGAAGCAGAUUUGGAAGACUUCACAGAAGCAGCUGUGGAUGAGGACGACGACGAGGAGGAAGGGGAGGAAGUGGUGGAAGAUCGGGAUUACUACUAUGACACCUUUAAAGGAGAUGACUACACCGAAGAGAACCCAACGGAACCCAGCAGCGAUGGGGCCAUUUCAGAGAAGGAAGUCACUCACGAUGUUAAAGCUGUCUGCUCCCAGGAGGCGAUGACGGGGCCCUGCCGGGCCGUGAUGCCCCGUUGGUACUUCGACCUCUCCAAGGGAAAGUGCGUGCGCUUUAUAUAUGGCGGCUGCGGAGGCAACAGGAACAAUUUUGAGUCUGAGGAUUAUUGUAUGGCUGUGUGUAAAACGAUGAUUCCCCCAACUCCUCUACCAACCAAUGAUGUCGAUGUAUAUUUCGAGACCUCUGCAGAUGAUAAUGAGCAUGCUCGCUUCCAGAAGGCUAAGGAGCAGCUAGAAAUUCGGCAUCGCAACCGCAUGGACAGGGUAAACCUCUGCACUUCCCUUAUUUUCGUGGUGGUUAGCAUUGGCUCAAGGGUUCACUAUGCAGACACUAAUGUCUGGUAUUCCACCGUGUGGUUUGUGUCUUCAUGUGGGUAUAUGAACCGUCCUCUCUCAAACGGCUCCUUAAUUCAUGUGAAGAAAUAUAUCAGUGUCAACACAUGCGGAGGCUGCCUCUCUGCCAUACUGUACUUCCAGGUGAUGACUCAUCUCCAUGUGAUUGAAGAACGAAGGAACCAAAGCCUCUCUCUGCUCUACAAAGUACCUUAUGUAGCCCAAGAAAUCCAAGAGGAAAUUGAUGAGCUACUUCAAGAACAACGUGCAGACAUGGACCAGUUCACGUCCUCUAUCUCAGAGACCCCUGUGGACGUCCGGGUGAGCUCUGAAGAGAGUGAUGAGAUCCCACCAUUCCACCCAUUCCAUCCCUUCCCGUCCUUACCUGAGAAUGAAGACACCCAGCCGGAGUUGUACCACCCAAUGAAAAAAGGCUCUGGAGUAGGUGAGCAGGAUGGAGGACUGAUAGGUGCUGAGGAAAAAGUGAUUAACAGUAAGAAUAAAGUGGAUGAAAAUAUGGUCAUUGAUGAGACGCUGGAUGUUAAGGAAAUGAUUUUCAAUUCUGAGAGAGUUGGAGGCCUUGAGGAAGAGCCGGUAUGUGUUUAUAGAAAACGGGACAGAUGCUUGUCAUUGUUCCUCCAGGUCGACCCGAUGCUUACCCCCGAAGAGCGUCACCUGAACAAGAUGCAGAACCAUGGCUACGAAAACCCGACCUACAAAUACCUGGAGCAGAUGCAGGUUUAAGUGGGAGAAGGCGUGUGGCCCCCCGGUUAGAGUGCGAUGGUGCAGGUGGGCCAGAGAGGUCCAGUGUUUUGGAUCGACUACUGACCAACAGUUACUUCCAGAGGAUUUCAUCUUACAUUCAGACCUCCUGGAUCAUUAAGACUAUAAAGUACUACUGUAGAAUCACAAUUUCCAUUCUUUUAAAUGGGUGAAAAAAAUGUUAAUAUAACAAUAUAUGAUAUAUAAACCUUAAAUGAAAUGAAAAAAAUGAUCUAUUGAAGAUAUUUGACUGAUGUAGUUUUCUGUUUUUUAAUUAAUCAGGAACCCCACUUCUAUUGUAUUGUUUCACACAUGCUCUCUAUAGACAUGGAAAAUGUUGAUUUUCAAUGAUAGAGUGUAUAUGCAGGUUGUUUGUUCCUGUUGCAUUGUAUAAAUCAACUCCUAAAGGCUCA